AUGAACGUACAACAACGUACUCGGAAACUGUCCACAUCUCAUCACCAACAACUCGCACGCACCGCUCGACAGCGAGCGACGGCGAUGCUGCUACAAGCCGCGUACCCCAUAUCGUCUGGAGCUAUGCCGUCUUAUCAAGAUCCCUUUGCGCACUACAACGUCAACUCGCCAGCCAUGUCUACCGGAAGCAACAGCCACCAGCACAAUCACUAUACCCCCUCGACGUCGAGCGACCCCAAUAUCGUCCCCCCGGGCCCGUCGCUUGCUCCUCCUCUUCCUCCUCCUCCUCCACCACCACCACCACCACCUUCUCCUCCCUCUCCUCCUGUCCUCACACUCUUCGACGUCGCCUGCCCGCCGCCGCCGCCGCCCCCUCACCGCAGCCCCUCGCCGCGCACCAUCCGGCACCUCCUCGACACGCUCACGCACCAGCGCGUCGACACCAUGACGGAGCUGUGCCGGAUCGAGCGCGCGGCCGCCGCCUGCGCGCACCCCGACGACGCGCGCGCCUUCCAGGGCCCCAUGACGCGCGCCUGGGUGCGCUACGUCGUCGGCCGUCGGCUGCUCGUCGAGCUGCGCGGCCUGACCCCGGGCUUCCCCGUCUGCGCCGAGCUCGUCGACGAGGCCCACCGCCGCGUGCGCGCCGACCCCGCGAGCAACCGCUCCUGGAACCUCGCUUGGCUGUGCCUCGUGCGCAUCCGCGACGAUAACCUCGUCGCCGCCUACGCCGUCGCCGAGGCCUCCAAGCCCUGCAUGUGGGGGGGAGGGUGGCUGCCUCCGAGCGACGACGACGUCUUGAGGCUGAGCGCCUGCUUUGAGCGCGAGUGGACGCUGGCGGUCGCCAUUUUGCUGAGGCACUGGCCCGUGGCACCGGCGUGGUAUUGA